AACUGUUACAGAGGAGAAAGCAAGUAAAUCUUGAAUAUGGCAUUGAAACAAAUUUCCAGCAACAAAUGCUUUGAUGGAUUCCAGAAAGUCUUUGAACAUGACAGUACUGAACUGAAAUGUAAAAUGAAAUUUGGGAUAUAUUUACCUCCGAAAGCUGAAAGUGCAAAAUGUCCAGUUGUAUACUGGCUUUCAGGAUUAACUUGCACCGAGCAAAAUUUUAUCACAAAAGCUGCAUAUCAUCAAGCUGCAUCAGAACAUGGACUCAUAAUAGUGGCACCAGACACCAGCCCUCGUGGUUGCAAUAUUGAUGGAGAAGAAGAGAGCUGGGAUUUUGGCACAGGGGCUGGCUUUUAUGUUAAUGCCACGGAAGAUCCUUGGAAAGCCAAUUACAGAAUGUAUUCCUACAUUGUAGAAGAGCUGCCACAUCUCAUAAAUAACAAUUUCCCAGUGGAUGGAGACAGGAUUUCUAUUCUUGGCCACUCUAUGGGAGGGCAUGGUGCUUUAAUCUGUGUACUGAAGAACCCUGGGAAAUAUAAGACUGUUUCUGCUUUUUCUCCCAUUUGUAAUCCAAUACAAUGCCCAUGGGGUCAGAAAGCAUUUACUGGAUACUUGGGAUCAGACACCAGUAAAUGGGAGGCUUAUGAUGCAACUCAACUAGCGAAGAAUUACUCCGGUCCCCAGCUUGAUAUAUUGAUUGAUCAGGGGAAAGAUGACCAGUUUCUUGCUGCUGGUCAAUUACUGCCUGACAACUUUAUUGCUGCAUGCACAGAGAAGAAAAUCCCAGUGGUUAUAAGGCUACAAGAGGGCUAUGACCACAGUUAUUUCUUCAUUACAACCUUUAUAAAUGAUCACAUCAAGCACCAUGCAAAACACCUAAACGUGUGAAAUUACCAGUGGAUAAAAUCUUACCUGGCCGAAAUCAAGAAUUGCAACUAAAUUUUAACCUGGAUGAUUGUCUAAAUUUCUGUUAGCCAAGUUAUGCUCAUAAGAAUUCUUAAUCUGAAAUAAAUUCAGUCUAUCAUAUCUCUGUUGCAUUAAAGAUACUGAUUACAUAAUGAUGAUUUUAUUUGUCAGAAAUAUGUUGGCGCUUAAUAAUAAUGAUAAUAAUUUGUACAUAGGGAACAAACAUGCUUCUUUAAAAUAAGAUCACAACAUAAAUAUGAAUGCAACACACCCCUACUCAUGCAUCUCAUUAACAUGCAGCAAUUGAUUACUAAGCAAUACAAAUGUGUCCCCGGGGAUAAGGAAUAUUAGGUAGAACAAAGUAAAACAUCAAUAAAUAUGUACAGUAUGUUUACAUUAAUGUAUACUCUUUAGGUUAGAUUAUUAAAAAAAAAUUGCUUAUCUGCAAAUAAAUAAAAGUUUAACCCUUUA